CGCACUACGGUAAAGGGUGGACUUUUGUUGUCUGCUGGAUCUGGAGACAGACAGCUGAGAGUGAAACAGCCGUGAGUGCGUGUGUGUUUGGUGCUUGAUAUUCAGACGCGCUGCACGGCGUCUCGUCCCGAAACCCAAGACGACAACCAAGAAGAGUCACUUGGAUUACUGUCAGCAGGUCUAAAGCCGGAAGACAUUUGUUUUUUUUCCAAGAAAACUUGCUGGUGUUUUUUCUCUGUCAGGGCACAGGCAAAACCAUCGCAUUUUCACCUUUUUAAAAGCAGCAGUCUUCUCGGAAGGGGCCGCACCUUCGGCUGAACAUCAUCCAGUGAUCAUGCAGGAUUGAGGUGACUGAAGCCUGUUGGUGAACCUGGUCUGAAGAUCUACAUGAUCUUCUGGACGUGAAGUUCCACAAAAGUUGCAGAGCAGACGAGAUCAAGGAAGACUGGAAGACAAGCGAAGAAGUGAACAAAGGAAGGAAGGGGUUGGUUGGACUUCCUGAAGGGGGAAACCAAAGGGCUGGAUGCAAGCCUUUAUUCAUUCUAGAAGUUCCCAGGUUCCUCAGAGAUGGCCUCCAACUUCAAUGACAUUGUCAAGCAGGGCUAUGUCCGCAUGCGGAGCAGGAAACUGGGGAUCUAUCGGCGCUGCUGGCUGGUGUUUAAGAAGUCAUCCAGUAAAGGACCUCGCAGACUGGAAAAAUACCCUGAUGAGAAGUCAGCCUACAUCAGAGCCUGUCCUAAGGUGACAGAGAUUAGUAAUGUGAAGAACAUCACAAGAUUGCCUCGUGACACAAAGCGUCAAGCCGUGGCCAUCGUCUUUACUGAUGACACCUCUCGAACCUUCACCUGUGAAUCAGAGCUGGAGGCUGAAGAGUGGUUUAAGACCUUGUCUAUCGAGUGCCUGGGGAUGCGUCUUAAUGACAUCAGUCUUGGAGAACCAGACCUCCUGGCUGCUGGAGUUCAGUGUGAACACACAGAGCGCUUUAACGUGUUCCUCUUGCCCUGCCCUAAUCUCGACAUCUACGGAGAGUGUAUGAUGCAGAUCACGCAUGAAAACAUCUACCUGUGGGACAUUCACAACCCUCGCACCAAGCUAGUAACCUGGCCACUUUGCUCGCUUAGACGCUAUGGACGGGAUGCUACGCGCUUCACCUUCGAGGCUGGCAGGAUGUGUGACAGCGGGGAGGGUCUGUACACUUUCCAGACACGGGAAGGAGAGCAGAUCUACCAAAGGGUUCAUUCUUCCACUCUAGCUAUAGCGGAGCAACAUAAGAGAGUCCUCAUGGAAAUGGAAAAAAACAGCAAGCUUUUAUCUAAGGGUUCAGAGGGGACGUCCUACCCCUGCACCCCGACAGCAAUCUUACCACGAAGUGCUUUCUGGCACCACAUCACCGGAUCACAGGCUGGAGUAGACACUGCCAACGGUGACAUCUACAGUGAUACUCAACCAGGAGUGGACACUGACCUCUUCUCUAAACGCCUUCCUCCAGAACGACACUCAACCCUUCCUGUGGGCCACGGCUGCCCCCAACCUCCGACGCACUACCCCACAUAUCCCAGCGAGUGAGCGGCUUUUAGCAGCGAUGAAUCCUUCCAGUUUUUCACCUCUUGACCUCCCACCACACUGCUCUCUGCCCUAAGUUUUUCCAUCAGCUCUUCUUCAGCAAGGGAAGAUCCAUGCUGCCAUGCUGCCUCAGUUCCCCCUGAGCCUGCCAGCGAAGCUGAGGGCACUUUCUGUGGAAUGAGGGAAUGCACUGUGAAGCUUAAAGUGCUUCGAUUGGAGCAGGGCUCACAGACCCUUAAAACAGACAUGAGAGAUGUUGGAACUGGCUGAGUUGCCUUCACAGUGCAAUACGGUCACUCUUGCUGGGUUUCUGUGGAAGUAGAGACUGUACUGUAGAUUCUUCUCAAUAGUUUCUCUUAUUCAAACUCAAAUCUCAUGCACGCUCUUCAACCCUAUGCAUGUCCCCCAAGGUAAACAGUUUAGCAACAGAGGGGUUUCUUAGUCUCCUGUAGAAGCCCAACACAAGAGGGUGUCCAACCAACCACAGCGGCCUGGAGGAAGGGCUGUCACAGAGUUUCAUCUUAAACACUUCUGCUCUUCAGUACGAGUAAUACAAAGCGUGCUUUGAUCAGAUGCUUUAAUCAUAAUUUGAUUGGCAUAAUCACAAGCCCUGAGGAACCAGGAGCACUUUCUGAAAGUUGCAUUUCGUAUGGUUGUGCGUUUGUUUCUCCUUUUCCCUUUCUUUAAAGUGACUUAAAUGGACAGUUCUGAUGUACAAAACUGUCUGUCCAGUCUCUGUGUCAUGUAAUGAAGAAAGCCAUUUGGACAGAGGUGAGGGUUAGACUCGCUCAUGUGCUUUGUGCUCUUGUUGAUCUUUUCAGAGAGACUGACUAUUUGACCAUUGUAUCUGGAUGAUGUCAUGAGGGUCAUGAUUAUGAUUAUACCCAGCUGAGAUGGUCUAAGGGGUUAUUUAUUUAUUUAUUGAAGUUUACCAACAAAGCACAAGACAAAUUGCAGCGUAUAGUAGUACGUUUCCUUUAGGAGCUCAGCAAUCCUGUAUGUAAAAGGGUUUAUACUAGCACUGUAAAAGAGGAGAAAAACCUCUUAAAUAAGGUGGUAGGCCUCACACGAGACAUGUUUCUGGUUUUGCUUGUCAACUAUUUCCAGUAAUUUCCAUGAAAUUAAGGGUAUCAUUAUUGAUUUUAUUUCUCAGCAGACAUUUAUAUUAUGUGGCUGCAUCAUGUGUUCAAUCUGUUCCUGUGUUUCUCAUGCUGUAACUCUCAAUUUAAGACCCUGUGUGUUGGAGCAGUUCGUGCACGUGCGCAUAAUGAGCUGGGUUGCUCACUGUAGUUUGAUCAAUCUGAUCGACCAGCAUGGAAAAGCUGGUUAACCAAGACAGUCCUGCUGGUUAAGCAUUUCCAGCAGGGCCCUAAUUGUUUACCCAACACUCCCUGUACUCUCUCUACUAUCCAUAUAAAUACAAGUGUCAUAAAGGCCAAAAAUAAAAUAAACACUCUCUAAUAUGUCUGGCACAGAAUUAAUUUGGUUGGAAUCUCCGAUUGAGCUACAGUUGUGAAGGUUUGACUAUGAAUGACAUAAAUAGUCAUUCAGUGCUGGGAUUUAUUAACUCGCGUCAUGUGCGUAUCAUUAAAAGGGCUUGAGCUGAUCUGAUUGUCAUGAUUGAUAAGAAGAAAGUGGAUUUUUUUUCAGGUUUUCUUACAGACAGUUGUGUGAAAAUGUGUGAAAGUAGUUUUUAUCAGUAUAUAUUUCAACAGUUCUUCAAAGAUAAGCACCUUUCAUUGAAACUUUACUUUUUUACCAUGUCUAAUUUUCAAUCACUCUGUAAUGUAGCCAAAAUAUGCCCACAUAAAUGAAUGUACACUACUAUUCAAAAGUUUAGGGUUUAAUUUAAAAAUAUAUAUACUUUUAGCUGGGAUUUAUGAAAUUGAUCUAAUGUGACAGCAAAGCUAAAAAUUCAGCUUUUCCAUCACAUGAAUAAAUUAUAUUUUAGAAACUCGAAAUAGAAAACCGUACGCUGUAAAAAAUGAAUCAUGGGUCUUGUAAUUUUCAUUUAAAAAUUAUUAAAAAUAGUGAGUAUAUUUCAUUAACGAAAUUGUGAUUCAGUGUUGUAUAGAAAAUAUUGAGGACUUUUUACUAAUAAAACCAAGAGAUUUGUUUUCCUCUUCUUUUUUUUUCUUCUUUUUAUUUAUAAAGGAAACUUAAGCAGGCUUGAGGCUUGAAUUGAGGAACUGAUUAAACUAAACAAAAGAAAAUUAAGGAAAGAAGGCUACCUAUUUAUUUUAAGAGAAUUAGCUAAAUUGUGCAGCAUGCUUUGCAUAUGGCUGGAUAUGGAAUAUUGAAAUUAAAUGCUGUUUUAUGUGUUUUUGAGUGAAGAGAAACAUCUAUUAAUGUUUAAUGUUCAGUUAUGUUUGACAUUUGAAAGAGUUUCUGUUACAUUGAAGUUUCCAUUGUGCAGAAGAGUAGAGUUUAUGGUUAUGGAUACUACUCCUCUAAGGCAUUAAGCCUUGUUCAAUGAGUGGUAGCUUUGCUAGUGCUAGUGCAGUAUUUUCCAGUAUUUCUCAAGUAUUUUCCUACUUGAGCUGUUUGGCUGUAUACAGUCUUUUAAAUGUUCAAAACUCAGUCAAAUACAAACAGGCCUCACUCAAAAUCACAGACUUUUGAGAAUCAACUUAAAAUAAAUGAGCACAUUUCACAUUAAAUUCAUUGUGUCAUAGAUUAAUUAAUUUAGGAGAUUUUACAUGAUUUAUUCAGGUAGAUUCCAUUAAAAAAACAAGCCUUAAACUACUCAAAAAUAUUGUGUAAUAUUGUUACCGUAAUGUUUUUUUAAAGUAAAUAGCCCAUUACAUUUUUUACAGUCUAGUAAUAUUUAAAUUGUAGUAAUAUUUCACCAUAUUACUCUUUUUACUGUAUUUUUGAUCAAAUAAAUGCAUCCUUGGUGAGGAUAAGAGACUUCUUUCAAAAACAUUAAACAAAUCCUACUGACCCCAAACUUUUGAAUAGAGGUGUAUGGAGUGAUGUCCUGGUUCUGCAGAUUGCACACUUGUUUUUAUCAAUUGCUUUGCAGUUCUUUCGAUUUAAAAAUAUACAGAAAAACAAUUUUUAUAGGCUGUUGUUAGGUAAAAAACUAAUAACACACACCAGUAAUACAUACAAAAAAACCAUCAUUCCCUAUGAUUUAUUCUUCUUCCACCCCUAACUCAUCGGUUUGCAGGAGAUCUAAGAUCAAUAGUAAUUCAACAUUCAUGUAAUCACCCUGAAACGAGUUAUAUAUUUGUACAUAAACCAGCCACCAAGUCCCUGGAGAGAUUCUGGAUCUGAAACUAUCGCUUAUUGACAUUUUGCUUAACAAAACAAUCUGUUUAAAUGAUCAGAGAAUGUUUUUCAUCUCUUUACAAGACAGCAGCACUACUGUGAAGGUUAGGCCUAAUGCUGAUAUGCGAUAUGUAACAGACAUGUUGGAACCAUGAGGACUCGGAUAAUAAAGAUCCUAAUGGAAGUACAUGAAGUCAUGAGUGAAGAGGUGCUGAAAAGUUGUUUUGCUAAACAUAAAGUUCAGUGCUCUGUAUUACCUGUAAAACCUGUACCUGGGGGCUUUGCCAGUUCUUCAGCGGUUCGGUUUGGCCUCUGAGCAUGUUACCAUGAGUAGGAACCCUUUGCAUGAGUUUUAAUUGCUAAAUGACGUGUUCUGUAGUAUUUGUGGUAAAAUAUUUUGCUUUUUUUUUUUUUUUUUUUUUUCAAUAAAAC